AAAAUCAUUUCCAAUCAAAAGGAUUAAAUCCUCUAUCUUCCUUUACAGGCCAUAAUGCAGGGAGAGAAUAAUUUAAGACCUGUUCUCCAAGUCAUUAACAUCCGAGCCAUCGCCACAGGAAAUGGGCCACCUCGUUACCGUGUGCUGAUGAGCGAUGGGGUGAACACACUCUCCUCGUUCAUGCUGGCUACACAGCUGAAUUCUCUAAUUGAAGAAAAGCGCUUGUCUGCCCACUGUAUCUGCCAGAUUAACAGAUACAUCGUUAACAGCCUGAAGGAUGGCAGGAGAGUGAUUAUAUUGAUGGAUUUAGAUGUUCUCAAAACAGCUGAUGUGGUUGGUGCAGCUAUUGGCAAUCCAGUACCAUACAAUGAAGGACAGGGGCACCAGCAGCAGCAUUCCUCCACUCCAGCUGCCACCACAACAUACAGCAAACCACAGCAGCAGACUGGGAAUUCAGCAUCAGGUCCCACUGCGGUGAAGUACCAUGGCCCCACAAAGCAGUAUGGGAAAGCAGGCGGUUCCAGCUUCUUGAGCACCCCUGGUGGAUCACAGUCCAAAGUUGUACCAAUUGCAAGUCUGAAUCCAUACCAGUCCAAAUGGACCAUUUGUGCUCGUGUUACCCAAAAAGGCCAGAUUCGCACCUGGAGCAACUCCCGCGGUGAGGGAAAGCUGUUCUCUAUAGAGCUGGUUGAUGAAAGUGGUGAAAUUAGAGCUACUGCUUUCAAUGAUCAAGUGGACAAGUUUUUUCCGCUCAUUGAAUUGAAUAAGGUAUAUUACUUCACCAAAGGCCAUCUAAAGACAGCUAAUAAGCAGUAUACAGCUGUGAAAAAUGACUAUGAGAUCACAUUCAGUAAUGAGACUUCAGUAAUACCCUGUGAGGAUGCUCAGCACCUUCCUUCGGUUCAGUUUGCGUUUGUGCCCAUCUCUGAUUUGGAGAACACAUGCAAAGACACAAUUGUUGACAUAAUUGGAGUCUGUAAGAGCUAUGAAGACAUCACUAAAAUUACAGUGAAAUCUACCAAUAGAGAAGUAUCCAAGAGGAAUGUGCAUUUAAUGGAUACAUCUGGGAAGAUGGUGACAGCUACUCUGUGGGGAGAUGAGGCGGAAAGAUUUGAUGGGUCUAGACAGCCUGUGGUAGCCAUCAAAGGAGCCAGAGUUUCUGAUUUUGGUGGCCGGAGUCUUUCUGUCCUGACCUCGAGCACAGUUGUGGUGAACCCGGAUAGUCCAGAAGCAUUUAAACUUCGAGGCUGGUUUGACUCUGAAGGGCAGCUUUUGGAAGGUACCUCAAUUUCUGAUCUGAGAGGUGGACCAACAGCUGGAGGAAAUACCAACUGGAAAACUUUGUAUGAGGCUAAAUCUGAAAAUUUGGGACAAGGAGAUAAGGCAGAUUAUUUCAGCUGUGUGGCCACAGUGGUAUUCCUGCGCAAAGAGAACUGCAUAUAUCAGGCAUGUCCCUCUCAGGAUUGCAAUAAGAAAGUGAUAGACCAACAAAAUGGGUUGUAUCGCUGUGAAAAAUGUGAUCGCGAGUUCCCCAACUUCAAGUAUCGAAUGAUCCUCUCGGUGAACAUUGCGGACUGUCAGGAGAAUCAGUGGGUGACUUGUUUUCAGGAGUCAGCUGAGGUAAUUCUUGGCCAGAAUGCUGCUUUCCUUGGAGAACUGAAAGAAAAGAACGAACAGGCAUUUGAGGAACUGUUCCAAAAUGCCACCUUCAGGUCGUACGAAUUCAGGAUCAGAGUCAAGCUGGAGACUUACAAUGAUGAGUCGCGUAUUAAGGCUACAGUGAUGGAUGUGAAGCCUGUGAACUACAAAGAAUACAGCAAAAGGCUGAUCAUGAGCAUCAGGAAAAACGCAGUACAGCUAGGAUGAGAAGGAUGGUGCCGAUUGAGCUGAAGCUAGAACUUCCAUACCGAAUAACUAAAGAGCCGAAGUUAAACUGAGUUCUUCCCAGCCCCCAGUGAGAGUUUGCCAUUAGUUACACAGUGCUUGGUAGCCCUUAGAGUGGGAAAGGGAUUUCAUGGAAUUCUGUGAGCAGAUAUCCCGGCGGUAAAUAAGGCUGUCGUGGUCAAACUAUGGCAGAGCUGAAGAGGAGUCUCUAGACAAACUGAUACUAGCUUCUCCUGCAGGCCUGCAACCUGCGUGAAGAUUUCAUCCUUCAGACAUUUUGUUUGCCUUUGCUAAAGUAACUGCGCUCUUUGGUGGUUAAAAGCGAAAUUAGAGAGCGCUUUUUUAAAACGUGAUGAUAUAUGGCACCCUUGGCACUUCUGACCUGUUCUGAAGAGGGUGAGAGGGAGAGAUUGUCAUGCAGCUUUCUGAUGUGGACUAAAGAGAAAGGGCCUCUUAGCUCGAGUCAGUCCUCUGUCUGCAGAAUUCAAAGGCUUUCUCUUUCACAGGUGCCAGGCUUGGAAUGCAAUGCUUGGAAUGGCAAUAUGGUAGAAUUAUUAAUCAAAGGCAUAUCUCUCAUAUCUGAAGAAUAUCCUUCCUUCAGGGUUUAUCACACUGAGUCAGAUGGGUCUGAUAUUAAUCAAAAUUGUCUCUUCUGGGAGAGGCUGAUAAGCAUUGACUCUGACCCCCAGGGAAAUCUAGACAACUACAAAGCAUUGCUUUAGUUUUCACUUCAAUUAAUAUUGUGGUUUUGGCUGAUGAUUGCACAUACUUCCUGCCUUAUACAUGUUUCCUAUGUUGGUGUUUAAUUUCUUUAGUUUUGUUUGUAACAGUGUUUAAUCAGAAGUUUUUGUAUGAGGGGCGGGGACUUGGUUAAAGCAGUGUUUUCAAUAAACAAAAACAAUAAACAAAGCUUUGUUUUGUUCCUG